AGGAGAGACGGGCAUCGGAGGAGUGGGCGGCAACGAGGGCCAUGUCCAGCAUGUAUAAAGAGAGGCGGUUCUGGUGAAGAUUCGCCGUUCAUCACAAGCUCCAUCGAGAUCCUCUACCUCUUUCUCUAGCAGCCGAAUUUGUGCACCCUCGCUCAUCAUGAAGUUCCUCGCUCUUGCUGCCCUGGCGUCCCUUGCCAGCUCCAUCUCAAUCGAGCUGUCCAAGCGCGAGUCGCCUCUCGAUGUCAAGCUCGAGAUGACCGGUAAUACCGAGCUCAAGGCCUCCGUCACCAACACCGGGUCUGAGGACCUGAAGGUGCUCAAGACUGGCAGCUUCUUAGAUGAGACUGCCGUCGAAAAAGUCGAGGUCUUCCAAGGCAGCUCCAAGGUUGCUUUUGAGGGCAUCAAACUCCGCAUCAGUACCACCAACAUCCCGGAGGAAGCAUUCCAGGUCAUCGCUGCCGGACAGACUGUCGAGACAUCCUUCGACGUCGCGCAGAUGCACGACCUCACUGCUGGAGGCGCUUUCGACAUUGUCUCUUCAGGCACCCUCUCCUACGCCAAGGCCGACUCCACCGAGCUGACCGGCGUUGUUUCCUACUCCAGCAACACCAUCUCGGCAUCCGUCAAUGGCGCCGAGGCCGCCAAGGUGCGUCGUGCCUUCCUGGAGAAGCGGUCCUACGUUUCCUCGGACUGCACCGGUUCCCGCCGCACCGCCACCGUCAACGCGAUGUCGAACUGCCGCUCUCUUGCCCUGGCCGCCUCCUCAGCCGCCGGCUCCAACAACGCCAAGCUGCAGGAAUACUUCAAGUCCACGACAUCGAGCACUAGGUCCACCGUGCAGACCGUCUUCAACCGGGUUGCGACCGAGUGCGGCACCACCUCCGGCGGCUAUGCGGACUACUACUGCACCGACGUCUACGGCGCAUGCGGCAGCAACGUGCUGGCAUAUACGCUUCCCUCGCAGAGCUUCAUGGUCAACUGCCCGUUGUACUUCAGUGCUCUUUCCGCGCUGAGCAGCUCGUGCCAUGCGCAGGACCAGGCCACUACUACGCUCCACGAGGUGACGCACUUGACGCAGAUCAGGGGCACGCAGGACUAUGGGUAUGGAUACAGUGCCGUUCAGAGCCUGUCUUCUUCACAGAACCUUAACAAUGCUGAUACGUAUGCGCUCUUCGCUAACGCGAUCUACGCUGGCUGCUAAGUAGCUACGCCAUGAAAAAUUCCGGCGAAGGCAGGGGGUUCGGCAGUCCUGUUGGUGCAGUGUUCCGGGUUGGUGGAGUUUGGCUGGAUGUCAUGUCAGCCAAGGAUGGGGCUUC